AUGCCAAACUUCACGUCCACCAUGUCUCAGAACGUAACGCAAAACCCCAAGCUGCGGCUGUUGAAUACGUUGAUGCGAGGUCAAACCGUGAUAGCCACAUUCAUGCUCCUGAAAGGAGUUCGAGCUGCCCAAGUCAUUGCUAGAACAGGUUUAGAUGCCGUCGUGGUCGAUUGCGAGCAUGGAAAUGCUUCUGAUAGUGAUAUGCAUGACAUGGUUGCUGCGAUUUCUGGAUCCGAUGUAUCGCCGGUGAUACGUAUUCCAGAACCGAGUACGGCAUACAUCAAGCGAGCUCUAGACACCGGAACCCACGGCAUUCUGGUUCCGAUGAUUAGCACUGCGGCAGAGGCUCGGUCCGUUGUGUCUCUGGCCAAAUUCCCUCCAGCAGGCGUGCGCGGACAAGGAUCACCUUUUGCAUGUCUUGAGCAUGGACUGACUACGCCGUCUGACUAUGUCAACAAGGCUAAUGAAAGUGUCGUUAUAAUGGUGCAAAUUGAAACAGCCGCCGGUGUGAAUAAUAUUGACGAGAUCUGCCAAGUCGAUGGAGUUGAUCUUGUCUUCAUAGGUCCCAAUGACCUUGCCCUGGCCCUCCUAGGAUACACGCCAGCAAAAUAUACUGAGCCCGUGUUUCUUGACGCGAUAGACAAAGUCGUUGCAAGCGCAAAGAAACACUGCAAGAAAGUGGGAAUACUAGCGGUAGAUGGUGAUGCAGCCAAGAAAGCAAAGGAAAGAUUCGAUUUGGUCGUUAUGAGUGCUGAUAUCAGGUCCCUACAAGCCUGGUAUAGAGCCGAGUUGGAGGUCGCACGAUCGUGA